UCGAUCUAAAAUUUAUGUCCAAAUCAUAAAAUAUAUGUGUAUUACCAUUCUUUCAUCAUAUAUCUUAGUCCAGUCCCUUCAUCGUUGAAAUUGAGUCACACACUUAAGUACGUGGAGUGGUUGGAGGCGGUAUCGUUGUAGUUUUUUGGGUGCAUGGGAGUACGACCAGCAAGGGCACGCGCUGGACCAGCGUUAAAUUGCCGUCGCUCGCCUCCUGCUAUCAUCCAUCCAUGUCCAUCGUUACAGUGAAGCGUCCACCCACCAUCGCACGGCGAUCCAUGCCCGCGUGGGCGCGUCGUCCAUUCUAUUCCACUCCCCCCUUCCCUCCCUCCUGCGCGCGCAAGCAGCGGCCCAGCAUGCCGGCCGGCCGCUCGUCGUACCUAGCGACUAUGGGCAGCCGGAGCUUCUCCUACCACAGGCUCAAGAAGCUCCCCGUCGCCGCUCCCUCUCCUCCUCCCGCCACGACGGCCCCCGCUAGCCGCGGCCUAGAGCAUGAAGGCGACCCGCGGCGCGCCGCCGCCGCCAUCGAGGACUCGUACCGGUCCUACUACCGCGCGCUGGUGGCGAGGGGUAGGCGGCAGCGGUGGCGGGACGGCGGCGGAAGGCAGCGGCCUCGGCCUCGGCCUCGGCGGCGCCUGAGGGCCUGGGGAGCCCUGGCGCGCGCGCUACGGCGGAGGGCGGCGGCCGCCGGGGCCCUGGUGCGCGCGUCGGUCGCCAGGGUGGCGCGGCGGCUCAGGGAGGGCCGGCCCUACGUCGGGGACCUCUUCGCCGGGAACUACAUGUUCCUGCAGGUGGCGCCGUCACCGACGACGACCGCACCGCCGCGGGGCGCCGUGGUGCCCUUUGCGGACUACUACUACGGCUGCAAGGCCAAGGCCAGGGCCAGGGCGGCCGGGCAGCUGCACCCUGCUGCUGGGGUGCUCUACAAGGUGUAGCUGUAUCGGACGUCCAGCUCGCACUGCCUGCCGGUUACUUAUCCGGUGGCCGGGUGGGUCGUGCGAGCCCACAUGUCUACAUCUCCGUUCCGUUGUGCAGCCAGCGCUUCGUGUGCGUGCGUGAUGUCGGAACUGCGAUGACAUCAUGAGUUGUUGUGUGCACUAUCGAGUCAUUGACCUGAUGCUUACUUGGUUUUUAGUGUUGAAAUAUGGUAAAUAAAGGGUUUGAAAUGUUUUUCUUUUUG